AUGAUUAAAUUAGAAGCACAUACAUUUCAUAACAAAAAUUCAUCUUAGCCUGUUCUAAGUUAAGAUAAAUCUCCUAUUGAUUUGGUAAGACAAAAGAAAAUUACUUUCAGAAGUGAAUAAAUUGAUAAUGAUUCGAACUUCUAUAUUCAAGUAUAUAAAAAAAUCUAAUCCAACAGACUGAAGAUUCAUAAGAAAUCAUAUCAAUCAAACCUGAAAAUCCAGAUUUCAUUAUGAAUGACUUUACAAAAAUAGCUAUUCAAGAAGACAUCUCAGAUUUCUAAGCUUUAUAAUUCCAUAACAGAGCUGCUAAAUUAUUAGAAUUUUAUACUGUAAAUUAGUAAUUACUUCUAAUUAACUAGGAUAUAAGUUUAAUAUACUACUGUUUUAUUCUCGAAAAUUAAUUAUGCUAUUAUCCUUAGGAGAUAUGCAGCUUUUGAUGAAUCUUUAGGUUUACUGUUAGAUUGUGAUCAAAUACUCAAAAUUAAAGGCAAAACAUUUAAAAAAGGAACCUUUGACUGCUUACAAUUAGCUAGGAUGAUUUAAAAUAAAUUACUUAGAUUAAGAAUAAUCUUUUAAAUUACUUUGUUAUUUUCUGAAACCAAAAGGUAUGCUAUAAAAUUUUUAGACAAGAAAUAAGUAAGCUUUGGACAUAGCUAAAGAUGCUUUGAAAGUCUUAAGGAGCAUAAUUUAAUACUCUAUUAAGUUAUGUUAACAAAUAAAUCUAUUUAACAAUAUUAAUAAAAAAUAAAGAGCCAAUUCAGAGAUCAAUUCUCCAAUUUAAAAGAAUAUACAAUCUCAGUCAGUUAGUUAACCAUAACAGUAGCCUUAAUCAUUGAGUUAUCCAUAGAUUGUAGAAAUCGUAUUUAAGGAAAUUUAAAAUUCAAUAAGAAGUGUUAUGCCUUAUGAUGAGAAGACAAAUGAUAAUGGUAGUUAAAAUAAUCUGUUAGUUCGCAAUCAUUAAAAUAGAAGUUAAUCUUUAUUUACAACUGAGUAGAUCUUUUAGACUUAAACUUAUAAUCAAUAAAAUAAACUAUAUACAAUGAUUGAUGAUAAUCAUCCAAUGUUAUCGAUGCAAAUUUUAGGAUUAAUGUAGCUAACAUAUGUUGAUUUAGAAGAAUUAUUUCCAAUCAAUAGUUAUGAAAUGGUUAUAGCAGAAGAAGUAAUUUUAGAGUUGGUACUUGAUUCAAGAAUACAUUUUAGAUUAUGUUAACUGGUUUAAGUUUUUAUAGUAUAUCAACUGAAUUAAGAUUCCUGAAUAAUCAAUAAAAUAAAAUGAACAUUGAAAUCUGGUUAGGAAAAGCUUUAGAAAUAUUUUACACAUUUAUUCCUCAUACAAGUCUAAUAUUCUCAUAAAUCUAUUAAGUUUAUUAAAAAUUGUAUGGAGUUGAUAAACAGUCUAUUGUAUUUUAUUUAAAUGAUUCAAUUAGCCUGAAGAUCAAGAGGUUGAAUAUCACACUAAAUUGCUUAAACCUCAUGCUUUUAAUAAUAAAGCCACACUCUCAAAUAAAGUUGUUAUUAUUAUUAAAGUGCCCAUUUUAAAUAAACAAAUUAAAGAUUAAUUUAAAAAGCAUAAUCAACCAAAUACUGCCAUUACAAAACUUCAACAAAACUUAAUAGCUAAAAAAUAAAUUUUGUUACCUUAUAAACAUUCUGUCACUCAAUAGGAAACUGAAAAAAAAGUUGAAACUUAACAAGAAGAAGUAAAAAUCUCACCUAAAUAAUAAUAAUCAUUAUUUGUAAAAAAAUAAAAAGUUUUCUAACCAUAAUUAGAUAUUAAAUAAAAAGUAGAAAUAUUGAUGAAUGAAAUUGUAAAUUAAUAAGCUAAACUUACUUAAGAAAAAUUAAAAUAAAAGUAUACACCUAUUACUACUUUAAAAUAAAAAUAUCAUAUUAGCACUAAAGUUUAUGAGGAACCUAAAUUAUUGAAUAUAACAACAUCAUAAUAAUUUAAAACUGCUGUUCCAUUUAGUAGAUCUUUAUCAAAUUCACGUAAAGCUAGUUAAGCUCGUCUAAAAAAUUAAAAUAAUAAUAGCGCUAAGACUGCUUAAUUAAGAUAUAGAACAUAAAUUAAUACUUUACCAGGAGAUGAAUCUUCAAAAUAAAUUGCUUAAUAAAUUUCUACUUAACUUGUUAGUUUAAAUCGUUAAUCUAAUGUAUUUAGUAAUUAUAAAAUUAGAAAUACUUCUUACUAAAACGAAGUGAUUCAGCCAAAAAAUCAAAAAUUCCAUUUCAAUAACGUUGA